GAAAGUACCUGACCUCUCAUUUGUGGCUAUUUACUUGCCCUGGAACAUAUUUCUGCUUGUGUGACGCCUGACCUUUAACCUCUCGAGUCCAGAUUUUUAACAGACCGACACACCAACACAUCCACCUGAGAAUCAGGAUGUCUGAGCUACCUGCUUUGUCCCGAGUGUCCCUCCUGUUGCUUUGCCUUUUGGGUUUGACCUGGAUGACAUCAGCCUUCCCUCAGCCUCGGCUGCCUCUCAGAGGUCCUGAUGAUUCAGAAGAAGCUAAAGGAGACAACUGGGAUGUCCUCUUCCCCUCCAUCUCUCUCCAUGAUUGGAGCAUUCAAAUGAUGUCAGCACCUGGACUCAGAGCAGCAGCCAAUAGUAAAGCAGGACUGAUGAGGGAGCCGUGGCUUUUUACCCCCGAGAGGGCAGAGGACAGCGUGGAGAGGGCGUGGCCGGCCGAGUGGUCGUCUCAGGGUGCCGGCAUGGUGAAGAGGAACAUGGUGGUCGCUGAUGAUGCUGCCUUCAGAGAGAAGAGUAAACUCCUCACCUCAAUGGAGAGACAGAAGUGGCUUAACUCCUACAUGCAGAAACUACUGGUAGUUAAUUCUUCAUGAUAAUUUAGUUUCAUAGAAAACCAAACCACCUCUGAACCCUGCACAAGUGAGGAGCCAUCAACUUAUGAGACAAAAUAAUAUUGUAGACAUCAAAAGAUUGCACUUCCUUCAACUCCUUUUCCGACAUUUAAACAGACUUAUCUAGUGUUUGAUUAUUUCCUUUGUACUAAGCGUUUCAUUGUUUGUUACGUUUUCUGUGUUUUUUCUGCUUGUUGUAUGACAAUUUUUCCUUUUUACAUGUUCAAAAUAAAAUGU